AUGAGGUCGAUUUACGGCCACAAGAUCGCGAUACUGCUGCUCAUAGGCGCUUUUCUGCUGGUCGCACAGCCAUCCAGGGCCAGCCGCGAAUCAGUGUGGCGCAACCUGAACAGCGCAUGGCGGAACAGCGGCGAGAAUGCUCACCUCGCUGCGCCAUCUCGCGGCAACUCCGGCGAUUUUUUUACGCCAGCAGCUGACGGUUCCGCCGUCUACAUCGUUCGCUUGAAUGCCGCGCCUCCCCUCUCCGAAUAUCGCGGCGGAAUCGCGGGCUACCCUGCCACGGCCACGUGGGACGACGGCAGCGACGAGGAGGACAGUGAGGCCGUGCCGCAGAUGAUUCUCCCUGCCGGCGAUACCGCCGCCGCAGCAGGCAGCGAAUCCGUCGACCUGGACGACACCGACAGCGACCAGCUGCUCUCAAACACGACGGCGCCUUCACCUCCGCCCGCAAUCGGCACAUCUGACGCCGCUGCUACUCCCAGCGCUCGCGGCGGUCGCGGUGGUAGCGGUAGCGGUAACGGAGGUCGUAAAGGUGGCGGCGGGUGCCCGCGGCACCGGCUAAGUCUGAGCAUGGACCGCCCCCAGGUGGCUGCAUUCGCGGGGCUGCUGCAGCGGCAGCAGGCGCAGGUGGCAUCUGAGGCGGGCGUACCCGAGGACGGGCUGCUCUACAGCUACAAGCACACGUCCAACGGCUUCGCCGCACGCCUCUCGCCGCGCCAGUUGUGGCGGCUGCGGCGCCACCCCGCUGUGGCGUCCGUCCGCGCCAGCCGCGUGUUCCGCCGGCAGACCAGCGACUCGCCGCAGUUCCUGGGGCUCCUCGGGAAGGUGUGGCCGGCAGUGGGCGGGCAGAGCAAGGCGGGCGAGGGCACGGUGGUGGGGAUCGUGGACACGGGUAUCUGGCCCGAACACCCGUCCUUCAGCGAUAAGGGGCUCUCCUUGCAGCUGCCGGCAUGGUGGAAGGGCAAGUGCGAGCAGUCGAGCUCGUUCCGGUGCAACAAGAAGGUGAUCGGCGCCAAGGCCUUCUAUGCCGGCUUCCAGCAGAGCAGCGGCCGGCCCCUGCUGACCAACGACUGGCUCACUCCGCGAGAUGUGGACGGCCAUGGCACGUGGUGCGCUGGGGCUGCCGCGGGGAACCCCGUGAAGGUGAAGGGCGGCGGGCAGGUGAGUGGCAUGGCGCCGGCAGCGCGCAUUGCGGCGUACAAGGUCUUCUGGACGGACGGCUAUGGGAACAUGUACGCCACGGAGCCAGAUAUCAUCGCAGCCGUCAAUCAAGGCGUGGCGGACGGUGUGGAUGUCCUGACGCUGUCCGUGGGGGGCAUGAAUCCCAACGACAACUAUUUCAACGAUCUCGCUUUCAUGCGCGCCAAUGCUGCCGGGGUGUUUGUCGCCUUUGCUGCCGGCAACGCUGGGCCUCCCGGGCGUGGAGGGUUCUACCGCACGCUGGACAACUUCGCCCCUUUCUACCUCACCGUUGGCGCCAGCACCAUCGCCCGAGGUGGCGCCUCCCUUGCCUCCUCUACUGCCGACGAUCCAUCGCUCGCUCUCAGUGGCACUGGCUCUGCCAGCAACAUCAGCUGCAAUGGCACCGAUGGCAGCACAGGCGACAACUUCAAUGGCAACAGCACGGAUGGCACUGAUGGCACGAUUCUGACUGGGAUCACCUUCACCACUGCAUCCUCCUCCGCCCCCGUGGUCGCUGACUUCUCUUCCCGUGGCCCCCUGCUGUAG